GACUCCAGCUCAGACAGCGGCCGCGGAGCUCAGCGGGACGGCAGCCAGCGCCUCGCCCUCGCCGCGCCGGAGGCCGCUAUCUCCGUGGCACCAUCAGAAAGAGCCAGGAGCUGGGAGGCUGCAGGGCCAAGCCACGGCCGGCCACAGAGUGCUGGGGAUGAAGCUGUGGGCCGCCUGCCUGCUGUGCCUGCUGCUCGCCUGCCUGACCCUGCCUGGCGCCUGCAGCCGCCGCCGCGAGCGCUCCAUGGAAAUCCGGAGUAAGGAGAACAGGAACCCGGACAUCGACCCCUCCUGGUACACAGGGCGCGGGAUCAGGCCGGUGGGGCGGUUCGGGCGGCGGCAGGCGCUGGAUGAGGGCACCCAUCCCGGGGGGGCUGGCCAGCGGCAAGCCUGUGCCCCCCCACACCUGCACCUCCAGCCCCUCCAGGGGGAGCGGAGCCCAUGAGCUGGAGCCCACAAUAAAAGCCCUUUUCCUCUCA